UAUACCUAUCCAUAUUUAAAAAAAAGUCAGUAAUGCGGAUCUUAUUAUAAGGCAUGUCUUUUCCACAGGCAUUCUUCUUAAUCGGCACAUCCAAUCAUGUAUGAUGAAAAGCGUAUUCAAAUACCUCUUGAAAUUUCUAUGCAAGAAAAACAAGAUGAGAUGUUUGAACAAGGGAUGAUUACUACAGCCCAUCCCAAGAUUUCCGCCUCCGGCUUUAUUUCCUGAAGAGGACCUCCCCUUUAUCAUUCUACCUAUUGUUUUGUAACAUGAGCUGUGGGAUGUAAUCUAGCUGAUGAACAAAAACAGCCUUCCGUCUGUCAGUAAGCACAUAUAAGGGACGUGGAUGACUAGCCACAGCUUCAUUUCUCACGAUUACAUAUUUCUUAGAGGUUUGUCGUCAAUCGGGAGAACUUUAAGAUGAAAAAUGUAUGCAUCGGAACACUUUUUUUGCUUUGCAUCGUACCUGUUCUCCUAUGGCCAAUGGAAGAGUCACUGCAUCCACUGCCAGCAUCAUUGGCGGAAGAAGGAUUCAAAGUAGCUGGUCGGCAUCCGAGGGCAGUUCGUUCUACUCCAGCUACAGCAACUACCAGUAGCCGUAAAACCUCGACCAAAAGUCCAGUUCCGGCAGAGCGUAAGGUGUCCACUACGACUCACCAUACUGGCCCGACGCUCACUCCUACCCACCAUUCUCAAUUAAGGACAACGAAAAAAACCAAGUUAAAUCGCCCAACAAAACCAGGAAAGAAGUAUACACCCCGCCACCAUCAGCAAAAGAAACAUAAAAAAAUUACUGAAACCAAAGCCAAACGAUCGGAUAAAUCAACUUCUAAAUCCCAUUUGAACAAUGGCAAGCAGUAGAAUACCGAAUCCUAAUUCGUUGAAUUAAAAGCUUAAUUGUGAAGAAGUCGUUCGCCCACUGUUGUUGAAAUUCCGAAUUUUUGGGGUAGGCUAAACAUUUUUUGCAUUCCAUUUUUUAAAAAUAGUUCGCCAGUCUUUGUUUCAAAAUUGUUCAGCUUUGUUCGUCUGAAACUACUGUUUAAUACAACACACCCAAGCUUUUUUGCUGGUUAGUGGUUA